UCCAAACCCUUGAAGCGACCAUUAAAACAUUGGAAAAACAACUCGAAAUAUGCAAUGAAUUUAAAAAAAAUUACCUUACCAGAGAGGAUUUGUUCGCGUCAAGGAAGGUCAUACUGGAUACGCUGGGAAAAGACUUAAGUUUCUGUCGGAACGAAACUGUCGAAUUAAACACCAAGGUUCAAAAGAGAGAUGCGGAAAUAUCAAGUUUAAAAGCGCAGACUGAAUCGAAUACAAUUAAAAUCGAAGAACUCGAGAAAACCGUAAAUGAAAAAAAGACAAUAUCAAAUGCAGUCAAUAUCAUAGAAUCAGAGAAAAACCUAUCUAAAAAUAUGGAUAGCUGCAUCGGUAAAUCGACAGGUGUUCACAGCAUAAAAGUCAUGAGCUCUUCCUUCUACGUCUAUUGUGAUUCAACCACGUUUGAUUCCGGUUGGAUGGUUAUUUUUCGUUCUAAAAAGUUAUCUUCAGGCUUCGAUCACGACUGGAAUGACUAUCGAAAGGGGUUCGGCGAUCUGCACGGCGAAUUUUUUAUCGGCCUAGAUAGACUUCAUUUAUUAACUAACUCACGGAAUCACGAGCUAUAUGUUAGCACUUUCGAGAAUUCUACCUUUGCACGAUAUAGUCAUUUCCUUAUUAGCGGUAUUGAUGACGAUUUUCAAAUAAAAUCAUUGGGCAAAUAUUCCGGAAAUAAAUUUGAUAUAAUGAUCGAAUACCUUAAUCGAAAAUUCAUAACUCCCGACAACCAGAACAGUGUAAUUAAGACAUAUUGCACAAGAAGAAUCAAGCUCGGUUGGUGGCUUAACAGUUGCUCUGCAAGCACUGAAAUUGAUUUUCUCUUCUCGGGUGCUCUUAUGAUGAUCAAGCCAACUGUCGAUUAGCCGAAAGUUAAAAUUAAAGCAAAAUUGA